CGUCGCCAUGAAAGCAGUUCGAAAACUAACUGUUCUAUCGGCUCUGAUCAGCUUGUAUUUUCUGGUCUCCGUGUUCUCUUCGGGUUCCAGGGAAGCCUCCAAGCUUCUAGAGACGGAGGCAAGGAUAAAGGGGCCUCUGCCUUAUGACGACCCUGAUCUCCUACGCUUCGUAAGGCAAGAUCUUCUGUACCCGCCUUCCGACUUGCCUUACAACCUCGUCCAGGAUCAUGCUAAAGACCAUAUGGAAGCUAAGAAAUAUUCAGGUUUCGUGGGAGAGUUUGGCUACAUGUUCUACGCUCGGGUGCUGCGAAAGAUUUUUGAAGGAACGCGGGAGGGUUUCUUCGUGGAAGCUGGCGCCCUCGAUGGGGAAUUUCUCUCCAACACCCUACCACUGGAGAGGAAUUUGGGCUGGACUGGACUGUUAGUAGAGAGUAAUGGCGAUACCUUCAAAGAACUGCUAACAAAGCGAAGGAAAGCGUGGGCGAGCCACUCCUGUCUCGCCGCACACGAGUAUCCACACAGAGACGUUUUGGUAAAAUUUCGGCGUGAACACACAUCGAUAGACACAUACGAGGACAGGUCUGCCAGCGCCCAUUCUAUGAUGAUGAGUCAAGACAGAGGAGCAGCCAUGGAUAACUCAGUUCCAGGACACCGCGAGUACGAGGCGGUCCAGUGCGUUCCCCUCGCGACGUUAUUGUUGGCCAUCGGCAUCACACAUGUAGACUUGGUCUCUCUCGAUAUAGAGGGCGCUGAAAUGGGCGUCCUGAGACAUUUCCCAUGGGAUCGCAUAACCGUGGAUGUGUGGCUGGUGGAACAUGCAACUGAAAAAGAUGGGUUCAAGAAAGAAGGCGAGAACAAGUACGAUUCCAAGUUUAUUAAGAUGUUUAGCGACCGUGGGUACGAGUUAUAUAGUGCCAACGACGAUGCAACCAUAAAUUAUGUGUUUGUGUUGAGAAGUGCCCAAGUCUACAGAAGGCUUAAAGAAACUGAAUGAUACUCUCUUUCUUAUACACAAACAUUCUUAAUCCAGUCAUAUACACAUGCACACUGCAUUUUAAUAAAUACAGUAUUUAUGAUUAUUGUUUCUUCUAUGACCAAUUCCUUCCCUUUAGUCAUUUCUAUGACUAUCAGUCUUAUUAAUCAAAUGUUCUUUCCUCAGGAAUAACAUCCAAGUGUUUAACGACAAUGUUAUGUGAAGUUGCUGCACGAAAAUUUUCAUCAAGGAACUAUUUAUUUUUACAUGUAGCGUGAAGCAAGUACCCUGAAUAAUCUAUUAUACCAAAUACCUUCUCUAUGAGGUAUAUUAUAAUAAGCUGUAAUAUAUCUUAGUCCAUAGGUUCUGGUAAGGGUUGCGUACAAUAGUCAGUAAAUUGGGCGUAGAGGAUAUAGUUACCAUACCCAGAGCAUGUGCUAGGAGACCCAUAGUAUAUGUCUUGUGUAUUUUCUUUGCAGUAAUUUCCUACACCUGUCACUAAUUGCAAAGAUUCUGCUGUUUUACACAAUUCCGGGAAGAAUACCUAGCAUAAAAUUCCUGAUAGGACCCCGCCCCACAUACAUACACGUGUGUGUGUUUAUAUAUAUGUUUUUAUCUACUCAUUAUUUCAUAUAUAUUUCCGUUGAACACUGCAUGCCACAAACGUGUAUCAAUGUGAAAUUCAAAUAAAUGGAUAUAAUCAGAUCU